CAAGAGUCUGUCGUUUGCAACGGAAAAGGCCCCUUUUCUCGCUCGAGCCUUUGCUGUUGUUUGACCUCUCUGCUCUACCCCAAAACACAGGCAGGUGACAAACCGAUUCGGAUAAAGACGAACAGAUUCGCAAGAUGGCUCUGCGUCUUCCUCCUGGCGAUGAGCUGGCGAAGCCCAUCUCGUACUAUCUGAUGCAGAUGGGCCUGGGCACGACAUCUGAGGCAUCCACACGCAUGACAGCCAAGAAGACAACGGCAGACGAGGAGGAUGACAUUGAUCUCUUUGGUGACGAAGAUCCCAAGGCAAGCGAGGGAGGGCAGUGCACGGGGCAUGCGCUCAUAUGUUGUUGGUGCAUUGUUCGUUCAGGCGGCAGAGGAAGCGAAGAAGCUGGCAGAGAAGAAAAAGUAAGGAAAGGGACCGACAGGAUAGAGGGUGGUGCAUGCGGUCACCGCAUCUGGUCUAAGGUGGCCUGUCUGGGUGUGUGUGUUGUCCACCGGUGCAGGGCCGAGGCACAGGCGAGCAAGAAGAAGAAGAUCGAGAAGUCGCUGCUGCUCAUCGACUGCAAGCCCUUCUCCACCGAAACCGACUUAGACACGCUGGCCUCGCUCGUCAAGGCCAUCAAGAUGGACGGACUCGAAUGGAAGGAGCAGACCAAAAAGGUGUAGGCACCCACGCCACGCGGAUGCUCGCGUGUAUAUCUUUACGUGAGCACGUCUGUUUGUGGUUUUGGGCAUGCAGAUUCCCAUGGCCUUCGGUCUCCACAAGCUGCAAGUGAGCUUGAUUCACACAGACACCCACACACACGUGCCAGGUCAUACGGAAUGGUCGCCUGCUUCGUCCCCUGUCUGGCUGUGCAGGUUGGCUGUGUAGUCCAGGACGAUUUGGUGUCGACAGACGAGUUGUGCGAGAAGAUCGAGAAUGUCGGCAUGACAGGUGAGUGGGGUGAGGACCUUCCCCGUACCGCUCCCACACGCAGAGCACCAGAGCACUCAUACCUGUUGUCCCUGUGCUGUGGAUGCAUCCAUCAUUCAGAGGAGCAGAUGGCCAAGCGCAAGGCCAUUGAUGAGGGAGAGGAGGAGGGCGAUGAGGACGAAGAACUAGGGCUCGUACAGGUGAGCCACUCUGCUUGGUGUAACGUCCGUUGGCUUGCUCCUACACGCACGUGUCUGCUCUGUCGUUCGUUGGUGAAUGUGUUGCAGAGUUGUGAGAUCGUGAGCUUCAACAAGCUCUGAUAGGACCAUUCCUGCCUGGCUUCGUCCUUCUCGAGGCCUCAAUUUG